AUGGCGCCAAUGAUGAUAAACUUGGAACGUGUAUACGGCGUUGCCGUUCAUAAACUUCAAAACUCUUAUGCAGCACGUGAAGGUGAAUUAAGAAGAUUCGUGCUGCUACACAACUUUAUUCGUAAAUUUGAAAAUCAUGAUGAUGAUUCAAAGAAAGAUGAAGAAGAGUGGCUUGAUUCUUGCUUAGACGGUCUUGUUGAAGAAGAAGAGGAUGGUUAUGUAUUCAUUACAAAAUCCAACGAUGAAUAUAAACCAUAUAAUGAAUACAAUGAAUACAAUGAAUACAUGGAAUUGUUACAAAAUAAUGUUGAAAUGGACUUUGCUGAAGAUAUAAUGCCCCGAAACCUUGACUCUCAUGAACCUACUCAUUUUGAUCCUGAUUCUCCAAUAAAUUCACCAAUGGAUUUACCAAUGGAUUUAUCAAUUGAUUCAUACGGACCUCAUUUCGAAAAAAGUCGAAUAUUAACUACUGAUGGUGAUAUAGGAAAUGGUUAUGGAACUUUGGCUGAUAAAGAUUUUCACCCAUAUUGGAAAGAUAAUAGUAUAAUAGCUUCACCUUCAUUCCUCGAUCAAAAUAAUAGGUCUAUCAGCAUUCCACGAAUAUUUCAACGUUAUCGUUUGUCUGAUGUCUCUUCUCAUAUUAACACUAGCGCUUUGUUUGACCUGUUGAGUAAAGACCCUCCUCAAAAUUUAUUAAAACGAUCUAAAGAUGAUCUUGAUAUGCUUGGUUCCUUAAGUCACAAAGAUCUUGACCAAGGUGUUCUAAUGGACAUAAUCAGUAUGUUGGAAUAUCCACUGGGGUGCCCACUUGGUGGAAAAACAAACAGUAACGUAGCUUCAAAUGCAAAUAUUUG